AUGGCCCCCUCAAAGGCCGCAGCGGCAGCCGCAGCCUCCCUCUUCGCCAAGGACGAGAAGGUGUUGUGUUUUCAUCACGACAUGCUGUAUGAGGCCAAGAUCCUGGAUGUCAGAAAGACGGACGAGAAGGAUGGUGAGCGGGCCAGCUGGCAGUACAAAAUUCAUUACAAGGGAUGGAAGAACACGUGCUGGGGCUCUUUAGCUGAUAAUUCUGUGUACUGGGACGAUUGGGUCCUGCAAGACCGCAUCCGCAAGUUCACCGAUGAAAAUAAAGAGAUGGCUGCCUCGAUGCACAACCAGAUGAAGCAGCUGCGCAAUCCGGCUCCCAAGACGGCGGCCGCGAAGAGAGGAGGUGGUCGUGCUAACGGCAGCGAUUUCAGCUCCGCGAGGGGCAGCGAGGAGAGACAUGCGAGCGUGGCGACCCAGGGUGUUAGAGGAGGCGCGAGAAGACAUCGGGAUUAUGAUCUUGAGACUCUGGAAAUCAGCUCGCCACACGUGAAGCAACGAACCACGAUGUCUAGCUCCAGCUUGGGCGAUCUGGACUAUGACUCUGAUACCACGGUAUCCGAGGACUGGGAGUCCAUAUACCACCCCUAUGACUGCGAGCGUGGAUACCAUGAUAACCCGACAUUAUCAUCCAGCCUCUUUGGUUUGUAUGGCAUGAUCAUCAAGAGCGAGCAGGCCUCAUUCGUGAGCAUGCCUUCCCAAGUUGCUUACCAGCUUCGUCUGACAAACUGUCAGUCUCUGGAAGAUGAUAUUUCAAAGAUAGCUUGGGGUCGCAAGCGUGUUAGAGAGGAUGCGAUGGAGCCGGCUUCUGCGAAGAGAACGCCCGCCUCACCAUCGAUGAAAAUCGCAGAAAAGCAGAUGCAGGAUUGUGCAAACUUAAGCGCUAUGCGACUAGCCUCCUCAAUUUCUGGCGGGGGGGUGGCAACUCGUUUUUGGUGGGAUCGUGGUGCAUGCCCGAAGACGACGUCCACCACCCAAACCCGAGCACAAAAACCUCGCCACGGAUUCUUCCUCCCCCCUUCUUCAUCAACAGCAUCGGUCCUUCUAAACUUCCUCGCUGCUGAGGCCGUACCAAAACAAACUGCUGCGCAUACUGUAACUACACCCAAUUUUGACUUUGCGGAUAUGCUACGACGGAUGGUUCGACUUGUCGUUAGCCCCAAGGGCUAUCGCGGGAAUACAACGGCGCCUACACCGGCAAAGUCGCCAGAGGUACCAGGUACAUUACGGAGGUGCUCAGCUCGAGUCCGUGGAGCCCAGGCGCUCGCGUCGAAAUAUACCACCAGGUCCGCCCAGGUUGCUCCUACUCCUCAAACCAUGUCUAAAUCUACUCCUCAUACUUAUCCUGAUAUGCCGGUGGCAACAUCUGCACCACCACCCCCACGAAUUCUCUUGCGAACCAACACCCCCCCGGAGGUGAAGGCGAAGCUGGCGGCUGCCCUGAUGCGACGCAAGCUUUUGGGCCCUUUGGAGACCCCGGCUCCACAGCGUAAAGCCUCUCAUGAUAUCGCCAAGCUAGUCGACAUGAAGGACACUACCGCUACGCAAUUUGCUGUCCGCACGGUGAAGAGGAGGAGAGUGUCACGUGACUCAACCAAAGCAAGCGGACUCGAUUCGGCAAUAUUCACCCCGUCAAUGGCAUAUUCCUCAAAGAGAAAGGCUUCGAAUUUUGAGGUGCACAACAACCAAUCUGACCAUACAACAACCUCCAAAAUGCCUCAGUCAAAGAAACCUCGCCUUUUCGAACCCGAACCCGAGCCUGAACCAGAUACCAAGAUCGAGGUCGAAGACGAGGAUCAGACUGAAGAUGAGUAUCGAUUCGAAGACGAGGACCAGAUCGAAAAUGAGGUCGAUGAAGUCGUUGAGCCCGUCCUUGCUACAGGUGGCACUCGCUCAUCUCGUGCUGCUCGCAGAAGUGGCGCAGAGGGUUCCGAUUUCGUCUUCGCCGAACUUGUACCUAGCGGCAAAUCGAGACGCAAGCCAUUGAUGUCCUGGAGCGACCCGAAGAGCAAGGAUUGGGACCCAAUCCGAGUUCUCAACGACGACAGCUUGCUUGCCCCCGAUAGUCUUCUCCGUCUCCCCCCCAAGAACUUCACCUACAUCGACAACAACGGCAAGCUCAGAGAACCACCAAAGUACCAUGCACCAAAGCCAAAGCCAGCCACCGCUGCUCCGCACCCGCAACUCCAAUACCACACCAAGAACGGAACCGCAUCCAACCGUCGCCACUACGAGGGCAGAAAACGCCAUCAUGUCUUGCCUACCGUGGGAGGGAUCGAUAUUCCAGAGACCGGAAGUGGAUGGAAGCCCGGUGGUCUAUUCAGAGGAAGACGUGCUCAACACAUGAAAGCACUCACGGCCAACGCUGAAGCCGGGGUUGAUACUCGUGCCCCUGUAGUCCAGGAGACGGAUGAUGAUAGUUCAUUUCUGUCCUUGCCUCCUUCAUCUACCCCUCCUUACUCGUCAGAUGACAAGGCUUUAAUCCCAAACUUGUUGCCAGAGACUGUACCCAGCUUUGCCAAGCGCUACCAAGGUUUCAUGAAACACAUCGCUCGGAACGUGCUGACAAUUCACAAAAUUGAUCAGGAGGAGAACUUCCAAGCCAGACCCACAGUUCAACUCUCAAUUCCAGACCACAUUAAGGCCAUCCUCGUUGACGACUGGGAGAACGUCACCAAGAACCAGCAACUCGUCCCGAUCCCCGCUCAAGUCUCGGUCAAUGAAAUUCUCGACGACUACGCCGAAUACGAGUCCGCCAGACGCCAAGAAGGUACCGUUCAGGGCGAUCUGCUCCCAGAAGUCGUCAGUGGUAUGAAGCAGUACUUUCGGCAAUCUCUGAGUCGCAUUCUUCUUUACCGAUUCGAGCGUAUCCAGUAUACAGAGAUUCGUGAGAGUUUCGUUCCCAAGGACGGCGAUUCUGCAGGAAGAGAUGUUGGCGAUGUAUACGGUGCUGAACACUUAUGCCGUCUCAUUGUCGCUCUCCCCGAACUCAUCGCUCAGACCAACAUGGAUGCCCAGUCUGUCAACCGUCUCCGCGAGGAACUCACCAAGUUGAUCAUAUGGCUCGGCAAGAACAUCCCCAAGUACUUCGUCAAGGAAUACGAGACCCCCGGUUCGGAAUACGUCGAGAAGGCGCGCCUCGUAUAG